AUGCCGUCGGCUCCUAUUGAUCUCGCUGGGCUAGAAAUACCGAAAAAUAUCGUUUUAGCUGAUCCAGAGUUUUGUAAACCUUCCUCAGUAGAUGCACUUAUAGGAGUCAAUCUUUUUUACAAGCUUUUAAGUGUCGGACAAAUUAAAUUGAAAAAUCAGCCGGAGGCCAUUUUGCAAAAAACUCAGCUUGGGUGGGUGGUCGCUGGUGGUUUAAAUUCUUCGUUCAAGAAACCAAAUUUAUCAUGCCAUUUUAUUUUCAACAACCGAGUUAAUGAUACUAAUCUCACCCGAUUUUGGGAAAUAGAAGAGCUUCCCGCGGCAAAAGUUCUGUCCCCUGAAGAGCAGUUGUGUGAGGAGCAUUUUCUUCGCAAUACUACCAGAAAUACUACCGGUCGAUACAUGGUUCGGCUGCCAUUUAACAAUAAUGUAAACAAACUUAGUGCUUCAUACCCUUCAGCCUUGCGGCGUUUUCAAUCACUUGAGAAACGUUUGGUGCAAGAUAAAGAAAUUGGAAAUGAGUACACUGCCUUUUUGCAAGAAUAUCUAGAUUUGGGUCACAUGUCGCUUGCAACCGAGUCAAAUGUUGAGCACUCGGACUUUUAUCUUCCUCACCACGCUGUAGUUAAAAAAGACAGCCUGACUACCAAAACUCGGGUCAUCUUUGACGGUUCUGCUAAAACUUCUAGCGGAAUAUCCCUAAAUGACGCUCUCAUGGUCGGCCCCAAGCUGCAGGACGACUUAUUUAUUUUGCUUAUUAGAUAUCGGUCUCAUACUAUUGUUCUUACUGCAGAUAUAGAGAAAAUGUACCCAUGCGCUUCUCAUCUUGCCAUUCGUUCUCUGCAGCAGCUCGCUAGCGACGAGGGUUACGCUUAUCCUCACGCUGCCGUAGCCCUAAAGCGCGAUUUCUACGUUGACGACCUUCUUACUGGCACAAAUACUAUUCCGGAAGCCGAAGUGUUACGCGAUGAGCUAAACGAAAUUUUGAAAAAAGGUGGCUUCAACUUACGAAAGUGGGCUUCAAAUGAGCCCUCUCUCUUAUAUAAGUGCGACGAGCACCCAGUCACGACUCAUAUGUCACUUGACCCAGGCACGUCUAUUAAAACUCUAGGCAUUCAUUGGAACGCCAGAGAGGACAGCAUAUUCUGUAGCGUAAAUGUCUGUAAGCUAAAAACAGUCACUAAACGCUCCAUUUUAUCUCAGAUAGCCAAACUGUUCGAUCCUUUGGGUUUGCUAGGUCCCGUCAUAUUACAUGAAAAAAUAAUUAUGCAAUCAUUAACGAAAACUGGCGUGGCGUGGGACGAAUCAGUUCCAGUCGACUUGCACACGUCAUGGACUGCUUAUGUGGAGCAGCUUCCAUUAAUUUCUGAUCUACGUUUCGGUCGUUGCAUUACCAUUGCUGACUCAAUUAACGUUAAAAUGCAUGGUUUCUGUGAUGCCAGCGAAGAGGCGUACGGUGCCUGCCUUUACUUACGAUCGGUGGAUCAAGAUGACAAGAUUCACGUAAAAUUGAUUUGUUCUAAAUCUCGAGUGGCUCCGGGAUCCAGUGAAGUGACUCCGUCCGACACGUUCUUGCCGACAUGUAAAAUCGACGGUAAUCUCAUUUUUCGUCCAGUGAACGUUGAACGGGUUAAAACGACCAUAACCGUCAACAUAAAAAAGAAAAUUGUGCCCAGGAAGAAGGUGGCCCUGGUGCCUGAACCAGUCGUGGAGAAGGAGGUGGAACUGAUCAAGGUUCCUAAGCGUGUGAAGCCAAAUCUUCAGCAGACACCAUUGCGGGUGAUGCCGCCAGUUUCAAAAAGCCACGAGAAGUCUGUGCUCUGUUCCAUCAUGUAA